AUGGGAUCAUGUGCGUCAAUGAAAUAAAAAAAAAUAGAUGGAAAUGUAUAAAUUGUGUCAUAUAAGUAAAUAUAAUUAAUAUUUUCAGAGUUUGUAUAACAGCUUUCAUCUGGAAUAAAGAAAGUCAUAACUUAUUCGAUUUCGAGAGUCACCAAGCAUGCAAAAAAGAGUUAGAACUAGAUUUUUCAGGUAACCUUGUUCACUAUUAUUUAGCUACACUUUCAAUGGUUGAUAAUUAAAUUAUAGCAUUAAGUGAGAAUGUAAAUUUAUUAACACUAUUAUAAAGGAGUAUGUAAAAAAACAAGUUCAGCUGCUUAGAGUCGAUUGUGAAUAAGAUUAUGUGACUCUAUCAGGAAUGAGCUAGAAAUCAGAUCAGAGGGUGUGGGCAAUACUAUGCCGAAGACCAGAAUUUGAGUCAUUGAAUGUAUAAUAAAUAUAAAAGAAAAUAUAAAGGAAUGGGAACUCUAGAGGGGAGAUAUCAUCAAAUUGGGAAGGAUGAAAUUACAAUUACUGGAUUUUAAUUAUGAUUUAGAUGCAUUACAAUAAUAAAGAGACUAAACUGAUAUUAAUGAUGAAGAAAUAUAGUCUUAAGAUUUAGACCCAGAUGGUUGUUAAUGUAGGAUUUGUUUCUAAAAAAAUGCUACAGUUUCAAACCCUCUUUUUAGUCCAUGCAAAUGUAAGUUUAUUAAAAUAAAAUUACAGGUAUUGGUUCCAUGAAAUAUGUUCAUCUUCAUUGCUUAUAAGUUUGGAUUCAAUAAUCAAUAAAAGUUAAAAAUCAAUAAUCCUCAACUUAAUACAUCUGGAAGAAAAUGGAAUGUGAAAUCUGCAAAAUGCCAUUAAAGAGCACCUACACAUAUCAAAGAUAGAUCUUUUGUAUUAUGUAAAUAUAGAAACCAAUUGUGCCUUAUAUGAUUUGGAAAAUUACUUCAGAUGAUAAAUCUAAAGAAGGCAUCAUCUAAGUUAUGGAACUUUAAGAUAGAGCAGAAAUUAAAAUUGGGAGAAUACCUGAUUGUGAUAUUAAACUAAAAGAUAUAUCAGUAUCUAGAAGUCAUGCUUUAAUAAAAGUUAUCAAAUAAGAAGAUAAUUAAUACAAACUUAUUCUACAAGACAAUAAUUCUAAAUUUGGAACCCUUUUAUAUGCCUAGUCUGAUAAAUUACUUAAGUACAAUUUACCAUCAUUACAAAAAGUACUUUACUAAAUUGGAAGAGUCUUAGUAUAUAUUCAAUUUAAGGAUAAAGGAAAGUCUUAUAAUAAAUAGUAAUUUCAAUUUCAUAAAUUAGAUUCACUUGUUACAAACAUCCUGAUAAAAUAGUUGUUUAGACAAAAAUUAACUAAAAUGAAUAAGCUACAAUUAUUCCGAAUGUUGAAAAGGAUAAAGAUAAUUAGAUGUCCUUUUAGACUUAUAAUGAAUUACAUUAAGAGGAUAUCGUAAUUAAUGUAAAAUAAAUAUGAAUACCUAUAAACUAAUUUUAUUAUUUAUUAAUUAAAAUAUUUGUCUGUUAAAUGAUAUAAAAAUUAAACAAGUGGGAUUGCAUAAUUGACCCAAUUAUCAAAAACAAUUAAUAGAUGUAAGUUUCAUAUUAAUCAUUUAAGUGGUGGUUUAUAUCUGGCUGAUAUAGAUUGUGCAUUAAGCAAAGAAUUACUAUAAUAAUUAUAAAUUGGAGCUUUGCUUAGUGUUAUAGAUGAACCAAAAGUAAUUACUUCUUCCAGUAUUAUUCAUUAAGUAAUUAACAUUCCAGAUUGCACUGAAUAAAACAUUUAAGAAUUUUUCCCUAAAACUAAUGAAUUUAUAGAAAGACAUAGAUAACAUACUAAUGUUAUGGUCCAUUGUUUUGCUGGAAUCUCUAGAAGUGCAUCAGUUGUUAUUGCAUAUAUUAUGCAAAAGUUCAAUUGGGGGUUUUAGAGAACUCUUAAUUCUGUUAUUGCAAGGAGACCAUAAGUCAAACCAAAUUCAGGCUUUGUUAAAUAACUUAUUUAAUAUGAAACUCAAAACAGAAAUAGAUCAUCCUCUUAAUAACAUAGAAUUCUCAAUACUAUUAAUACUGUAAUUGAUAAAAUGCCUUAUUAAUCAGAUAGCAAAAAUAAUAAAUACUUUUAACCAUCAAAAUUAGAUUUAAAUUAAUUGGAAAUGGAAAUUACUAAAAGACAAUAAGAUUUAUAAAUAUUAAGAAUGAAAUACUAACAAUUAAAUGACAAAAUUGUUAAUAGAAACAAUGUUUACGUUUCUGCUUUUGAAUGA